GCCUGGGCUCAGAGCUCUCAAACAUCCACGAUGGCCUUCCCCAGCCCAGUGCGACCCUCUGUUAUCCCAGAGAAUGAAGAAAUCCCCUGGACAGCCCUUAACAGUGCCGACGGGGCUAACGGGAAUGAAAGCGAGAGGGCCGUGUCCAAAGUGCAGCGCAGGCACAGUGACGUCCAAGUCUACAAGGAGUUCUGUGACUUCUAUGCGAAAUUCAAUAUGGCCAAUGCCCUGGCCAGUGCCACGUGCGAGCGCUGCAGAGGGGGCUUUGCGCCUGCUGAGAAGAUAGUGAACAGCAACGGGGAGCUGUACCACGAGCAGUGCUUCGUGUGCGCUCAGUGCUUCCAGCAGUUCCCAGAGGGACUCUUCUAUGAGUUUGAAGGAAGGAAGUACUGUGAACAUGAUUUUCAGAUGCUCUUUGCUCCUUGUUGUCAUCAGUGUGGUGAAUUCAUCAUUGGCCGAGUUAUCAAAGCCAUGAAUAACAGCUGGCAUCCUGAGUGCUUCCGCUGUGACCUCUGCCAGGAAGUUCUGGCAGACAUUGGGUUUGUCAAGAAUGCCGGGAGACACCUCUGCCGCCCCUGUCACAACCGUGAGAAAGCCAGAGGCCUGGGGAAGUACAUCUGUCAGAAGUGCCAUGCCAUCAUCGAUGAACAGCCUCUGAUAUUCAAGAACGACCCUUACCAUCCGGACCAUUUCAACUGUGCCAAUUGCGGGAAGGAGCUGACUGCUGAUGCUCGGGAGCUGAAAGGGGAACUGUACUGCUUGCCGUGCCAUGAUAAGAUGGGGGUCCCCAUCUGUGGUGCUUGCCGACGACCCAUCGAAGGGCGUGUGGUAAAUGCCAUGGGCAAGCAGUGGCAUGUGGAGCAUUUUGUUUGUGCCAAGUGUGAAAAACCAUUUCUUGGACAUCGCCAUUAUGAGAGGAAGGGGCUGGCAUAUUGUGAAACCCACUAUAACCAGCUAUUUGGUGAUGUUUGUUUCCACUGCAACCGUGUUAUAGAAGGUGAUGUGGUCUCUGCUCUUAAUAAGGCCUGGUGUGUGAACUGCUUUGCCUGUUCUACCUGCAACACUAAAUUAACACUCAAGAACAAAUUUGUGGAGUUUGACAUGAAGCCAGUCUGUAAGAAGUGCUAUGAGAAAUUUCCAUUGGAGCUGAAGAAAAGACUUAAGAAACUAGCUGAGACCUUAGGAAGGAAGUAACUUCCUUUAUUUUAUUUUUUUUCUUCUAUGCAAAGAUAAGAGAUUACCAACAUGACUUGAUUGACCUUAUUUAAAGCUAUAUUUCAAAGCAGUUAAGAGUGAAGAGGACCUGUAUGAAUAGUUUUCUUCAACUACUUUUUCUCAUUAAAAAGAAGAAAAAUUUGUAUGUUCAUAUUUAAAACACAGAUGAAACCAAGAUAUGCUUUUAUUAACCCAUAUCAAUUUAUUGACAUAUACACUAUAUAGCAAAAAAUACAUGGCUAAAUGUUAAAUUUUAAUUAAGGCUCUAAAAUUUAAAUAUAACUUCUUAAAAUGAAAGAAGCCACCUUUUACAUGACUCAUAUAAUAACGGUAUAAACAUUAGUUUACUUUGUAGUCAAAAGAAAAUUAUUUACAACAGCUGUUGGUGGAAGAUAUCAGGAAGAAAAAUGACCAACCAA